AUGGAUGAGGAUGAACCUGCCACUGCCGGCAAGCAGAACGCUGGCGAGGGCUCGAGGCGCACCCGUACACCUCUGGCCUGUACCCAUUGCUGUCGGCGUUUUGCGAGGAAAGAGCAUCUUGUCAGACACCUGCGAAUUCACACUCAGGAAAAGCCAUUUACGUGCGAUACUUGUGGCAAGGAAUUCUCUCGUAUGGACAUCCUAAGCCGUCAUGCGGGGAUCCAUACCCAGAAGCGACAUUCCAAUACUACGAAACCCCUUUCGAAGAGGGCAUGCGUGCAAUGUGCGACAAGUCGAAUCCGCUGUACAAGAGAAGAUCCCUGUGCUCGCUGCGAAUCAAAAGGCUUCCGCUGCGAGUACCGGAUGCUGCCGACCGGGAAGCUAGGUGGUGUUGACAAGGAAGGCAUAUCUGAAACCGACCCCAACACGAGUCCCGAUGACCUAGCCGCCAACAAAGCUAUAUCUGGGUCGCUCGAGCAAACAGCCGCGCUGUAUGACGAGCAUAGCACUCAACAUCUGCUCGAGUCGGGAGUCUCCGUGAAUAGAAGUGAUCAUUGUCAGAUUUCCAUCAAUGCCAGCAUCCCCCUCAUGUACGAAACUGGCUCGAGACAGGCCCUCAGUCCUGAAUUCAUGUCCGGAAUAAAUUGGCUCUCACCGGGCCAAACAAUUUUCCAAGAAUGGGGAAGUCAACUAGCCGAUAUCACGGACAACGAGUUGUUUCCGCCGAUGUUCAAUAUGGUGGAUCUUCCAGAGAUGCCCACGCUCUUCAGUGCUGGCACUGAACAGCAAGUCGCAUCUGAAAAUCCCGGACAACUCUUCUCUGCUCACGCACAGCUAGGUUCCUGGGAAAAUCCAGAAGGUCACGCAGGGGUCAGAGAGCCAAGGUCACCGGAAACCUUCCUUGACGGGCUGUCAACGGGCACAUCAGGGUCGGUUGAAAGCAAAUACUAUGUCCAUGGGGUUGCAUCGAGAGCUCCUUUUCAACGCAGGUCUCGUAAUUCAUGGGUAGUGCCGGAUGGUUCGACGUCGGAUCUCUCGACAUCUGCCAGCAUUACUGGCAACAUCCCAACAUCCAUUGACCAUUGGCUGACACUAGAGGUAUAUUCCAACGUCGUUUUGAGCAUACAAGAGCAGAUAAAAACACAGCCACAAAUUCCGCCGCUAGAGUACUUUCGGCUCUGCGUGCACCUCUACUUUACACACUUGCAUCCCAACUUCCCCUUCAUCAAUCGAGUGACCUUUCUUAGCAAUGAGCCCCACUUAGUUCUGUGCAUUGCGGUUGCUGGUGCUGGGGCAGCGUAUCUACAAUCACCGCUAGGGACGCAAUGGAAGAACUCACUGAUGGAAAUACUGGGAACUACUCUAUCAAAUCAUCUCAGUCACUACCAAAAUAUUCCCCAAGAUGCGAGUUCAAUGCAGCUGUUGGAUAUGCAUAUCACAAUGGAGAUGGUGGACGAGGUCAUGCCACUCAUUCAAGCCAAGAUUUUGCACAUGCUGUUCAUGCUUCAUAGUAGCACCCUAUAUAUUACACGACGUGCCGGUUUUGAGCGUGCUGAAUUAACGCAAUGGUGUUCAUAUCUCAACCUAGUGUCAACAUCAUUAGGCGCUCCUACGUUGAUCAAAGACGCUACAGAUGUGCAGCUUUGGGUAAAAGCCCAGUCACGGCUCCGAGCGGGAAUGAUGAUAUGGCUUCUGGAUUCAAUGCUUUCUUAUGAGUCGAAUUGCAAGCACAUCAUGAAGCUGGGUGAUACCGCUAAAUGGCUGCCCUGCCAUGAAGUAGCAUGGGAGCAGCCAUCGAUUGCAAACAUCGAGUUCGCUCAGAGGUAUUCAGUAUCGUUCGUGGAUGCCAUCGACAUGAUCUAUAUUGAGAAGCGGCUUGCCCCACACCUUAGCGAAUUUAGCCAUGUUCUGCUCAUUCAUGCUAUCUACCGACGGACCACAGAAGUCGUCGACGAAAGCCGCAUGCGACUUUCAUACUGGAGCCCUACAUCCAGGAUGCAAGCAUUGGUCAGCGAGCCCAAUCCAGCACAGGAGUGGCCCCCAUCUAGCACAACAGCGUCAAACUGGCGCAACGCGGCCUGCGACUCACUCGAUGUUCUAAAUUGGGCAGCCAACAGCAAAUCUGCUGAAUCAUGCUGGGAGGAACCCACCAUUCUAUAUCUGCAUCUUUCUCGACUGAUCCUCCUCGCUCCGAUCGCUCAUUUUCAGACACUAGCAAAAUUCCCGUCAUUGCACACUUUGAAAUGGCCCAACUCGAUCCCUUUCAACCAAUACAAUUAUGAAAAUGCGCGUAGCCAGGUCCUCCAAUGGGCUAUUCGUGAUCAGUUUAAGGCCCGACUCUCGGUCGUACAUGCCGGUGCCUUGCUAUGGCAUGUCCGCCGCUUCAGCACAGACAACCUCAUAGAACCAUUCAGCGUUUAUAUUGCAACACUACUCCUCUGGGCAUAUAGUGCUUCGAUAUGCGCGGUUAGUAACUCUUCUGGUCCAGUGAGAGCUGAUCAGACCUCGCAAAAUGAUGAUCUCGCUCCGGAUGAUUCUGAUGAUGAGCCUCUUUGGCUUCGUCUUGACCGACCACUAGACGAUGAGCUCGUCCAGACAUACAUACGUGUCGGGAACAAAAUGUCUGCCCACCUCAAGGGGGUUGGAGAUAUCUGCAAGCAUGACGCACCUUUGAAGAUUCUUAAGCAGGGAUAUUAUUUACUCGUCGGGGAGAGGUAUUCUAGGAGCACCGACAAUACUGUCAAUGAAAGCGUGCCAGUGGAGACAAAACAUUGCACGUGGGAGAUACGGCGAUCAUAUGGAGCAAUAAUCCAGUGCCUGAUUGACGCGACAGGGGCUUCAUAG